GGGCGCUGUGGGCGCGUUGAUGCUGCAGGUUGGAGGUCGGUGCAGACUGUGCUGCAGCGGCGUGAGAGGAGCUGGAAUCUAGAAGUUUAUUUAGAACUUAAUCGCUUCCGGUCACCGUCCCGACUGGAGGCGGGAAUCCAACAUGGCGCCUUUCAGCUUUCUGACAGCCGCCGCUGUGUUCGUGGGGAGGUCACUGAGCUCUGUGUGCGCGAGGACGCCUGUCAGACCGUCUGAUAUCCGUUUGUUUCCAGAGACCAAGCUGGUGGACAUCAUCAGGAAGAUCGCCCAGCAGUGGAGGACGCUAAGCCCAGAGGAGAAGAAGCCUUUCCAGGAGGCCUCUGUCCAGGCCAUGAAGCAAUUCAAGGUGGACUUCCAGAAGUACCAGGCCCAGCUGACCCCGGCCCAGCUCCAGCAGCAAGCUAUGGAAAGGAGGCAGAGGAUGGCCAAGAGGAAGGCCAUUCGGAAGAAGAGGGAACUGACGGUCCUUGGGAAACCCAAACGGCCCAGAUCUCCGUUCAACAUCUUCAUGUCUGAGCACUUCCAGGAGGCCAGAGGAACCAGCACCCAGGCCAAAAUGAAGUCUCUGCUGGAGGAUUGGAGAAACUUGUUCAGUCACCAGAAACAGGUCUACAUCCAGCUGGCUGAAGAUGACAAGAUCCGUUACAAGAACGAGAUCAAGUCCUGGGAAGAUCACAUGGCAGACAUUGGACGAGAAGAUCUGAUCCGGGAGCAGACCCGGCCCAGGAAGAAAAAAGUUCCUGCAGUGAAGGACACCAAGAAGACCCAAGUGGUAAAGAAGACCUCUCCAUCACGGAGGUCUAAAGCUGCUACUAAGACCAAGUCUGCAAAAACUGUGAAAAAAGGACCUUCUAAGAAGUGAUCAGAGGUGGGUCCAUCCAGGAGGAGCAGAACUCUGGACCCAGUGGCUGGUUCUGCUCCCCUGGACGCCACUCUCUUCUUCUUUUUGUACAGCGCUCUUUCUAAAAUAAACCGUCUUUAGGUCUGUUUUCCAGAACCUGACUGGAUUUUUCUUCUGAAAGCAGCUGCUCUGUAGUUGGGUGGUUUCAUGGGUAGAGCCUCAGGAUGGGCGAAGCCUCAGGAUGGGGGUUCUGGGGCGUCCAUGUUGGGUUGGAGGUAACCCUGGUAACCACGUGUCACAGAUUCAAACCUCAUUCAUUCAAACCUCUAGACUCAGAACUCUCUCUAAUGAAUUAGAUUACUUUCUAUGUGCUGCAGAUCUAGACUAAUGCUGCAUUCACACCAGAGACGUCAAAAAUGCUCAAACUCAGAAGUCUGGACUCUGGUUCAAACGAUGCUCUGGAAGCUUCAGGUGUCCGGAGGCUCGGCGCUCUGGUUGUUUAUCUGCUCGUUCUGUAGCUUCCAGCUAGAGAGCAGCUCGGCUUUAUUUACUUUAUGAGCUGGAAAAAUAGUUUGAAAAGGUUUUUAAGCGAGAAAGUCCACCUCCAAACAUCCUCUGAUCAUCAGGA